UUUCUCGAAAAAACAAACUUGUAAAUAACAUUUUAGACAAGGUUUUAGAAGAUUUGAAUAGUCGGAUGUGAAUUUAUUGCAAUUGAACCACAUGAAAGGCAUAGCUAACACACUUUGCAACCGACAGCAACCAUUAUAAAUAGGAAGACUUGUCCUUUAUUAAUUCUUCAUCGCUAGAGUGUAAUGGAUGGUGAUCAGUGGUGAGAAAGUAGAAUUCCAACAAGCAAGGGAUAGCUAGGUUUCCUGGAAAAACUUCUAUCCACGUUCUGUUUGUGCGCGCGCGCGCAUGACUGCAUGAGAUGCACUAGUAUGCUAAACUAAAAUUCUUGCACGACACAAACACGAGUCCGUAGAUAUAUAGUCUACAUAUUAAUACAAAGCAAGGGAGCGCUGAGCAGAAACAAGGAGCACGGCUUGGAACAAGGGGAUCUUUCUUGUAUCGAAUCUAGUCUUUUACUGCUGUCCUUCAGCUAUUAUCAAUAUUUUUUUUAUUAAUCCUCCAACAAUGGAUAGUAGCCCAGUUUAGUAGUCUGUGAUAGCUGAUAACAAUGGCCGAAAUGCAGCUAAAUGAAAUAAGAGUUGAUCCGUUGACGAACAGGCAGGAAGAUCCUCUAAGCAACAGACCUGAACAAGGGUCAAAGAUGGCCAUGUCAGAAAUACAAGGUACCUCAUCGCAAACAAAUGAGCGUUCUUUGUGGCUUAGCGGCAUAGUGAGAGGAGUUGAAGGGGCUAAAACCAAGCAACGGUACUCAGGGCCAAUGAUUCCAAAGGUUCCAGAUAAACUCAAGCAUGAAAACAAGGAAUGCUACAAGCCAUCGGUGGUCUCAAUUGGUCCUUAUCACUAUCAGGAUCGUCAAAACAAGCUCCAUGAGGGGGAGAAACUGAAGGUUCAGAUGGCUCAUGAAUUCGUCCUGGAUAGUAAGAUUAAAGACAUAGAAAUCUUAUACACUGAGGUUGCAAAGGUGGCAGAGAAUGCAAAGAGAUUUUACGAGGGGAGCUCAAUAAGUUGCUUUGAUGAUGAGCAAUUCACGCGGAUGAUGUUUCUUGAUGGUUGCUUUAUUCUCCAAUUCAUCCGUGGUGUCAUGGACAAUAAAUUGGAUAUGAGUGAUCAACAAAUUAUCCUUGUUAAGCAGGACCUCCUAUUGUUGGAAAAUCAACUCCCUUUUUCAGUCUUGAAGUCAUUGAUGAGCUUGAAGAACGAUGGAGAUGAUCGUGGAAAGGAAAUCAAUAUCAAUGAUUUUCUUUUAGUCCAGAUUCUCCAACAAAGUGAUCAACGACGUCCAGUGUGGGUGCUCUCUUGGCUUGUUAAAGGGUAUCUCCUGUUACUUCUUAUAUAUACUUCAGUAGUUUACCCUUUCCAUAUUCUUCAAGGCAAGGACUCCUUUUUUUUCUCCCCUCUUUUUGGCAUCUUGGUUGCUGGCGUGAUUUUUGUUUGCAAAAUGGUCGCCUCGCUUAUGAGGUCACUCCUAUGCGGAAACAAAUGGCAGGCGGCGAAAUAUCAUUGGCCCCCUCAUCAAGAGCCUGCUCAUAUUCUUGAACUUCUAUACUCCAUGUUCAUACGUUCUCAAAAAGAAAAACAUAAGCUGUCUCUAAGAAGCUGCUGUAUUUAUGACUUGCCUGAGCGUCUUAGGAAUUUAUUUCCUAAAUCCAAGCUGGGCAAACGUGGCCACAAUUUGUAUUAUUCUGCUAAGGAUCUUCAGAAGGUGGGAAUCCACUUUAAGCCUAGCAAGACAAGCACUUUGAUGGAUGUCAAGUUCGUGUCAUCAAUUUUCUAUGCAACAUUGAAAAUUCCUUCAAUUACUAUAGAAAUGGCAACCAGGUCCAUGCUGUUGAACUUAGUGGCCUACGAAACAGCUGCUUUUCUCGAUGAUCUUUGGGUCACCUCUUAUAUAUGCUUCAUAGACUCGCUCAUUGAUGAUGCUGAAGAUGUGAAAGUGUUGAGGUCAAAGGGCAUACUUAUCAAUUAUCUUGGACCUGACCAGAAGGUAGCGGAUCUCUUCAAUCAAAUUGGCCGUUCCCUAGAAACUAACACUAAUAUUGUUUAUGAUGAUGUUAAAAGAAAGAUUAAUGUUUCGUGUGAUAGCACCUGGAAGAAAUGGAUAGCUGAGUGGCAACAAACUUAUUUUAGCAGUCCUUGGGCCUUUAUUGCAUUUGUUGCUGCAGCUGCUGUCUUGGUUCUAACUGCCACUCAGACAUACUAUACAGUGUAUCCCUACAAGUCAAGUGAUUCACCUAUGUCAGUUGGAACCUGACAGGUUGUCCGUUCGUGGGCUCCAGUUCUGCCUGGUGGUUUGACUAUUGCUAGAAAAUAAGGUGAUAUGGGCCAUUGAGAAGUUCUACAACUAAAUCAAGCCUUAAUUACCAGUACAGUUUUCCUAAGAAUGUUUCGAUAAGCUUGUUAAGAGUAUCUUUUAUUGAUUUUUUUUUUAUUUUGAAUUUUGCUUUAGGGCUUUGCAAUUGUUGGGAUUUUUUGUGGCUAAAAUUGUUUGUGUGGCUUGUUUUAAAGCUAGCUUGUAUUGAGUUACAUCCUUCUCACCACAUCCAAGAGAAUCCAAAGCUUGUUUGCUAGUUUUUCACUUUGGUUUGGGACUUAAAGUGUAACUCACCUUUCCAGCAUGAAGAUUAUUUCUUGUCUGGGAUCGAGUGCAGUGAUGAGUUUACGAGGAAGAGUUUGUAA